AUGCUAGCUGGGCGGCGCAACUCCGGGAUACCCAAGACCCGAAGGGCGAGACGCCUGCGGACGCCACACCCGCGCCCGACCCGACUGGACUCGGCUCGGCUCCGCGCACUCCAGUACCCCUCGCCCCUUGGGAGGGGAAGGAGAGCGCGCCGUCUGCACGGGAACGCUCACCUCCGCACCUCGCCUAGCCCUCCGGUCACCCGCUUGCCCGGUCGGCCUGCCAGCCCUGCGCUGCCCAGAAGCCCGACUCGGACGGAAAGCCGCGAGGGUCCCGCCCUGAGCGCGUCGGGGAACGGGAUUGGACGGAAAGCCACGAGGGUCCCGCCCUGCGCACGUUGGGGAACGGGAUUGGACGGAAAGCCACGAGGGUCCCACCCCGCGCUGGAAAGCGAGGGCAGACUAGGCUCACUGCUACGGACCUGUGCGGCCCCCGCCGGUUUUCCUAGCUCGGGUUGCAUCCCUGGCUGUGGACCCGGGCAACGCGAGCAGAAAAUCCGAUUAGCGGCUUCGCCGUCCCUGCUAAAGCAGCUUCCUGCCCGAUGCUGCGGGAGGUUGGCCGUGGUCCAGAGAGAUGUAGGCGGCUCCGCCCACGCACGGGCACAACCCUGUGGAUGGUGGACUAGUGGUAACAGCUUGCUGAGGAAAGCCGCAGACAGAAGCCCAUGUGAGGAACAGCCAUCAAAGCUGCAGACCCGAUUCCAUAACACUAGAAAGUACUCUGCAAGCUGCCAAAGGACAGAAGCAAUCAGUAGUUUUAUACAGCCGGGAUGCCUGGGAACCACAAUGACCAGCAUGGCGAGAUAUCCCCAAAGGUACAAAAGUGGCACUCAUAUGUUGGCUGUAACCAAAGCUGUCUAAUGAGACUGAGGCUAUCCAACAGGAGGAAGUCGUGGAUGGUACUAGCAGCCUCACCAACCACCCAGGGCUACCAAGGCCGUGGAUUUUAGAAGAGAACCUACUGUAACACUUGCUAGAUCAGCAUAAUCCUUUAUUACUUCCUAAAUUGUAUCCUUAUAUGCAGAGGCAAGUGUGGCUCUUACCCCUCAUUAAAAAAGUCUCUCUUUGAUGGCUCAGAGGUUAAGAGCACCGACUGCUCUU